UGGCAACAUAUAAAAUCUUAAGUUAAAUGCAUAAUUUGGGUAUUAAAAGAAGAAGUUAGGCACAAGUUAUGCCUUCAUUCCUUUAGUUUCUUUCAAUAAGAUAAUUAAAAGGGAAACAUAAAAAACGAAAAGAAAAGUAUUGUAGUGUACGAGGCAUAUAGAGGAAAGAAAAAUGUUCCUUUAGUUUCUUUAGAUAAAGAGCUACAAGGCAUAUAUACACAUGAUGGAAAGGAACUUAAAAAAUGGAAAAGAAAGAGACGGUUAAGGACUUGGAAGUUCUUCCUUUCCUUUUUUACACAUGAUGAUGAGAAUAUAUUAGGAACUUGCUGACAAAUAAAUGUUCAAAAUUACAGCAUUCAACUUGUUGAUCAACUAAAACACAUUAAUUCCCUUUAUAUCUCACUAUACAGCAAAAGAAAUCUGCACACACACACACACACACACACACACACACAUAUACAAGCAGGAAUGAAUUAUGCAGAAAAGGAGGAGGCAUAUUCCAUCUCUGAGAAGCCGUCGGGGAAAGACGCUCGAGGUGGUAGUUCCAGUCGGGGCACAGUACGCAUCUACGAAGUACCCAAAAAACAUCGUAGCAAGAACCUGGAUGCCUACACGCCCCGGCUGGUGUCAAUAGGUCUACUCCAUUACGGCGAAAGCCAACUUCAGGGGAUGGAAGACAACAAGAUGGAGUAUGCUUCCCAUUUCUCGCGUAGAUUCGGAGUUACCUGGGACAAGCUGCCCGAACAAGUGAGCAAUCAGCUCCAGCUGGUGUGCAAUUGUUACCCAAUCCAUGUGGUGAAAGCUUUGAAUCAGCCAGAAAAGAACCUCCAUGAGAUCAUCUUUACAGAUGGAGCUUUCAUUGUUGAGCUUUUCUUGAAGAACCAUUUCAUUGGGAUGAGGGAGAAGGGGGACUUCAUAUUUGAUAAUCCAUGGGUGUCAAAUGAUGUGUUGCAUGACCUCCUGUUGUUUGAAAACCAACUCCCUUUCAGAUUCCUCGCCACAUUGUUCAACACUUUUGUUUCGGUUAAGAAUUAUAAUAAUCUGAGGAAAAGCUUAGAUGAUGAUGUGCUUCUACAUCAUCCUCCAUCUUUCGAGGAACUUGCUCACAAGUACUUCAGCAACGUUGGCAACACUGGGAAAGUACUGUUGGCAAAUGCCGAUUUUCGCCCCACCAGGCAUCUACUCGAGUUCUUGUUUGUCCUGCACCAGCGAUACGAAGAUCAAAACAGGGAUCGACCUUCAUUUGAUCAAAUCACUCAGCAAGUUGAUGAGAAGACGGAUUUGAUAAAAUGUCCAACCGCGACCGAGCUAAAUGCAGCCGGAGUCAAAUUCCGGUACGGGAAAGGAAAGAAGCGACUGUGUAUCGGAUUUGACAAUGACAAGGGAAUACUCACAAUCCCGAGACUUGUUGUGAAUGAUCUGACCGAGACUUUUUUCCGAAACAUGGUAGCCUUUGAACAGUCUGGAAACAGUUCGACAAAGUUUAUAUCAAACUCUGUCAUCCUGUUGGACAACCUGAUAGACACUCCCAAGGAUGUUGAAAUCCUUGUCAAACAUAAGAUCUUCAAGAAUGAGCUUGGCACCAACCAACAGGUGGCGGAUCUAUUCAACAACCUGUACAAAGAGUUCUUAACUGAUCCAAUGGAGUUUGAUUUUGCCGAGGAGGUUCGUGAUCUCAACAAAUACAGACGCACGAUUUGGCACAGGCUCAACUCCAAUACAACCAAAUGGCUCGCUAUAUUGCGACGCGAUUAUUUCCACAGUCCCUGGUCCAUCAUCGGUGUUGUUGGAGGAGCUUUGAUACUUAUUCUCACUGUGAUUCAAACAGUUUGUUCUCUGAUUCCGAUUUUCAAAAAGGGGGUUUGUGAGUGAAGAGAACCAUGGCAUCAUCUAAAUCUCUGUCCUGAGUCAAGUUAGUUGGUUAUGCUCCAAUUUGUUCUCUUGACUCCUUUUAGGUUGUAGAUUCAGAUUUUGUAAUUGCAGUGCAUCUUUUGAUUUUGAUUUUUUAUUUUUUUACUUUUUAUUUUUUACACCAAUCCUUAUUCCUGUUAAAAAUAGUUAAUUUUACUUUAGUUUUACUUCUAGUUUACUAGAUUAACAUUGUUGACUAG